AACAUAGCACAGUUCUUAAAGUUCUUUCAGUAAGAUAAAUUCCAGGUCUGAUAUAGAUAUGUUAACAUUAAAUAAGUGGAUAUUUGCAUUAAUUAUUUGUUUUACAAUUGUCAAAAAUUCAUCCGGACUAUCCAGUAAUUCUUCUCUUCGUGGGCAUGGAGAUAAGUGCAGUACAGAUAGCGAAUGUGCUUCAAUAAACGGUCGUUGUUCAGAUAAGCAAAGAUGUGUUUGCAAACCUUUAUAUGAUUUUUUAUUUGGAAAAUGCACUGCAGUUCUUGGCGCCCAUUGUGAAAAACCUGCAGACUGUAACAUUGAAAAUGUCUCUUGCUUAGACAAUAAAUGUUUUUGUCCAAAAAACAUGCAUUUAGCUGUUAAUAAAACUUCUUGUAUAAAAAAUGCUACAGCUCCCCUCGAUUACUGUGAAAAAGAUGAUGAUUGUAAAGCCAUAAAUCAUACAAGUUGUUUAGAUAACAAAUGUAAGUGCAAGGAUCAGUAUUUUGCAAGUAAAGAACAAUGCGUUGCAAAACUUGGCGCACCCUGCAACGAUCCUAUAGAUUGUAACAUCGAUAGUGUCUCUUGUUCAGAAAAAAAAUGUUCUUGUCCAGAAAACAUGCAUUUAGCUAGAAAUGAAACUUCUUGUAUAAAAAACGCUACAGCUCUUGGCGAUUUUUGUGAACAAACUGGAGAUUGUCAGAAGAUUAAACAAUCAAUUUGUUCUAAUAGCAAGUGUGAGUGUGUAAAUAAUUAUUUUGAACAGAACAAACUAUGCGUUAAAGGAAUAGGCGCAGAUUGUACACAGGAUUUCGAGUGUAAGGUAAUUGGUUCAGAGUGUACUGAAAAAAAAUGUCACUGCUUAGAAAAUAUGCAUUUAGCUAAUAAUCGAUCCCGUUGUGUAAGAAAUGCUAUUGCUGUCUUCGAUUACUGUGAAAAAAAUGAUGAUUGUAAAGCCAUAAAUCAUACAAGUUGUUUAGAUAACAAAUGUAAGUGCAAGGAUCAGUAUUUUGCAAGUAAUGAACAAUGCGUUGCAAAACUUGGCACUCCUUGCAACAAACCUACGGAUUGUAACAUUGAAAAUGUCUCUUGUUCAGGCAACAGAUGUUCUUGUCCAGAAAACAUGCAUUUAGCUGUUAAUAAAACUUCUUGUAUAAAAAAAGCUACAGUUCCCUUCGAUUUCUGUGAACAAGCUGAAGAUUGUAUUUUUGUAAUGCAUUCAGAUUGUUUAGAUAACAGAUGUAAGUGCAAAAAUUAUUAUUCCCCGACAAAUAGAAAAUGCAUCGCAGAACUUGGCGCCCCCUGCAACAAACCGACAGAUUGUAACAUUGAAAAUGUCGAUUGUUCAGGCAACAAAUGUUUGUGUCCAGAAAACAUGCAUUUAGCUCGAAAUGAAAGUUCUUGUAUAAAAAACGCUCUAGCUCCUCUCGAUUUCUGUGAAAAAAAUGAAGAUUGUGAUUUCGUUAAGCAUUCGAAAUGUGUCAAAGAAAAAUGCCUUUGCAAUUUUUUUUAUUUUCCAAGAAAAGGAAAAUGCGUCACAAAACUUGAGGCAAUUUUGGCCGGAAUUUGGGAUAUCGUUAAAGGAUAUUAAGACCGAGAACCAUCAAGUCAUUCAAGAAGUGGCAAAACACAAAAAAUGAAACCAAAAUUUCGAAAAAAUUAUUCCCCCCCUCUCCUGCAACUGAAUCAUAAAAUAAUCACAAUAAAUUUUUGUUUUUAAAUAUAUAUUUAUUAAUAAUAAUUAAAGGUUAUAAAUAAUUACAAUUAAAUUAAAAAUUUGAAAAAUGAAAAUAAU